GGGGUUUUUAAGACUUAUUUGAGACAAGUGACUGACUUUUUUUCUAACCAAGCUGCAACUGGACUGUUUUUUUUCUGUGUCAGUGAAGUUGUAACCUAUUCCUUUGUGUCUCUUGUGUUUAUAGAGCUUCCACAGCAACAUGUCUGUAAAGAGGAGGAGGUUCUCACUGAGAAGCAGCUCUGGAACCAGGAGAGGAACUCCAGUCUGGACCAAGAGGAACCAGAGUCGCUCAAAGAGGAACAGGAGGAAAUCUGCACCAGUCAUGUGGGAGAACAGCUUGAACUAAAGCAGGAGGCCGAUAUAAUAAUUUUGACUCUGGAUAAUGUGGAAAGUGAUCACAUGGAACCAAAACCAGACAGUGACCAACCGCUCCUCUCCCACAGCUCUCCUGAAGCUGAGAGGCAAGAUCACACAGGAAGUGACCACGUUGACUCUGUGUCGAAGCCACAUAAGACACGUCACAAAAGGAAAAGUCGCGGCAACAAAGUGGACAACGUGUCAAAGAUUGAGACCGAAACUCAAACGGGUAAAAAGUCCUUUAAAUGUGACACUUGUGGAAAAAAAUAUGCACAUAAGUGUGCAUUAAAUCUACACCAGAAAGUUCACACAGAAAAGAAAGAAUUUUCUUGCAACACCUGUGGCAAAUGCUAUACAAACAAAGGUGUUUUGUUGAUUCACACGAGGACUCACACCGGCGAGAAACCCUACUCUUGUGAAACAUGUGGAAAGACUUUCAGGCAAAAUUCGCAUUUAAUAGCCCACAAAAUAUCUCACACUGGCGACAAGUCGUACGCGUGUGAAACAUGCGGAAAGUGUUUUGGAGAAAAACAGACUUUGAUCGUCCACAAAAGAACUCACACCGGCGAGAAGCCGCACAUCUGCAACAUUUGCAAGAGUGGCUUUGCGCGCAAAGAUGCCUUGAUGGUCCACGCCAGAACUCACACCGGCGAGAAGCCGUACUCCUGUGAAACGUGUGGAAAGAAUUUCCAACGGAGGUGGCAUUUGAAAACCCACGAAACGACUCACACGGGGGAGAAGCCUUACAUCUGCGACAUUUGUAACACUGACUUUGGACGCAAGCAUACGCUAAUGAUCCACAUGAGAACGCACACGGGCGAGAAACCGUAUUCCUGUGAAACCUGCGGGAAGUGUUUUCGACAUCAGCCCACUCUGAUAAUGCACAAGAAAACUCACACGGGCGAGAAGCCGCAUUGCUGUGAAACGUGUGGAAAGUGUUUUCAGCAUCAGCCGAAUUUGAUAAUGCACCAAAAGACUCACACGGACGAGAAACCUCAUUCCUGCGAAACGUGUGGGAAGUGUUUCCGACAGAAGUCGCACCUGAAACUCCACAAAAGAACUCACACGGGCGAAAGGCCGCAUUCCUGUGAAACAUGCGGGAAGUGUUUUGGACAACGGACGACUUUGGUGAAGCACAACAGAACUCACACGGGUGAAAAGCCGUACGUUUGCAGCAUCUGUAAGAAUUGCUUUGGGUACAAACGAACGUUAAAGGUCCACAUGAGAACUCACGCAGGCGAGAAGCCAUGAGCCAACUCAUGUGGUGAUGGGUCAACUUUUUAAAAAAGCGUUUGUGUCUCAUCUUUCGCCAUUAAUGAAAAGCUUUAUAUGUGUAACGCCUCAGAGUCAACACUAAAACUGCCAGCUCUUAUACACGGAACGCCAAGGAGAAGAAGUGGGUUUUAGCUGAGGUUUAAAAAAAAACCCAAAAAACUAAUUGUUAUUACUUGUUCCACAAUUUAGCACUGGCAAAGGCUCCGCCUCCCUAGUGAUUUGAGCUCGACAUAGGUACUACAAUAAAAGAUCUUUCUGCAGACCUCGGUGAUUGGGACGGUAAGGAUCUAAAAGAUCACUGAGGUAAGUAUUAAAAUGAAUGUUAAGUAUAUAUGGCUUGUUCCUUGCGCUGUUUUUGCAGUGAGUGCAAAGCGUCUUAGCGAAUCUCUGCGUCUACAUCUACAAAGUUUUGGAUUUAUCAUAAUUAAUUUAUAUCAGAUGUCGUGUAUGAAAAAUUUCACUGACCUUCUAGAAUGUAUUUUAGAAAAAUACUCAAUCACAAAUAUUACCUCGAUGUUUCAGAUGAACUGUCACGUAUGUAUAUCGGACAUUUCCGAAAAAAUGCACCGAUGCUCCAACUGUCUGAAAAGCACUUACCUUUAACGAUGAGGAAAUACUGAGCAGCACCAAAAAAAUUAAAUCCAUGCUUCUCCAAUUAAA